AAUAGCUGAGCGCAGUGAAAGCAAAGCAAGGAGUGUGUGCUGUGCUCUCUGCCUCCCCCUAGAGUGCAGUACCUGGCUCUGUGAGUGAACAAUGAAGUACUGCAACUUUUUAUGGGUGUGUGUGUGUUUGUGUGUGUCUGUGUAUGCAUGUACAAUUGCACAUGUGUCUGUGUGUAUGUACAUGUGUGUAUCUGUACAUGUGUCUGUGUGUGUGUGUGUACAUGUGUGUGUGUGUGUGUCUGUGUCUGUGUGUAUGUACGUACAUGUGUCUGUGUGUACAUGUGUUUGUGUAUGUAUGUACAUGUGUCUGUGCAUGUGUAUUUCUGUGUAUGUACAUGUGUGUGUAUGUACUGUCUGUAAGUGCCUG